CGAAUCCUAUAAGCCCAUACUUAGGCUGAAGAUCCUUACUCUUUAUUCGUCCUUCGCUGGCAAAAUUAUUUUGCAGUUAAAUAUCAAAAAAAUCCAAGCCUAAGGAAGGUCUCUCCCGAUCUCUCUCCUCUUCUUCUUUCGUCCAAACACUCCUUCCUCUCUGUCUACUACUCAAGGAAUAAUGGCUUCCAACAGGAGUCAAGGUGGAAUUCAACAAUUGCUUGCUGCAGAGCAAGAAGCGCAACAUAUUGUGAAUGCUGCCCGAAGUGCAAAACUGGCUAGGCUGAAACAAGCCAAAGAAGAGGCUGAGAGGGAAAUUGCUGAAUAUCGUGCCCAAGUGGAGCUUGAUUUCCAGAAGAAAGUUGCAGCAAGCAGUGGAGAUUCAGGUGCUAACGUGAAGCGACUUGAACAAGAAACCGAGACUAAGAUCAAUCACCUGAAAAGUGAGGCUUCAAGAAUAUCUCAGGAUGUUGUCGAAAUGCUUCUUAAGCAUGUGACCACUGUGAGAAACUAAACCGGAAAUGGCAGCCUCAAACUAUAAUAUUCUUUUCUAUAUGGCUCUCCCUUGUCCUUCAAUUUCUUGUGUGACGUGGACGAGGUCCAUGUAUUUGUUAAUUUGUUAUGUGAUGGAGAACUUUUUAUCAAACAAAUAACUUAUUAAGUACUCCCUUAAGAAUAAUUAUAUUGCACAAACUUCUAUCCGUUACUUGUUUGGAUGAUUAAAUUGAGCUGUAAAACACAUUUUAUAUGAUUAUUUUACUAGUAGAGACUCGAAUACUCUUUUUGUCA